AUGGCAACCCGCAAAUGCGCCGCCGUGGUCGUCGGCGCCGGUCCAGCCGGCGUCGCAGUCGUCGGCAACCUCCUCGAACGCCAGCUGGGCGCAGUCGCCUGGAUCGACCCCAGCUUCGAAUCCGGCCGCGUCCACCGCAAAUACCGCGAGGUCCCUAGCAACACCAAAGUCUCCCUGUUCCAGGCCUACGCCACCUCCCUCCAGCCUUUCCGAACCGUCAUCGAAAACACACCCCGUCCAAAUGCCUUUACAGCCAUGGCCAAGCUGGACCAGGAGAAGACGUGCCACCUGCACUACGCUGCGGACAUGAUUCGCGCCCUGACAGACGGGCUGAUCAAGAUGGAGCAAGUCCAUGCCUGCCGUGGCUUCGUCACGGCAGCUAACCUCAGCUCAAAGUCCGACAAACCAAACUGGACCGUCCACAUAAAACAAGACAACGAAACCGACCUCCACCUCGAAACAACCCGCCUAAUCCUCUGCACAGGCGCACACCCAACCAACCUCCCCAUCCCAGUCCCAGGCCUAAGUAUAACGCCCCUAAACCUGGACGUGGUCUUAAAACCCAGCGAGCUAGCCACAACCCUCACAACAACACCAACAACAGUCGCCGUAAUCGGCGCCUCCCACAGCGCAAUCCUCGCCCUCCUAAACCUCCUCACACUCGCCCAAACCUCCCACCCGCACCUCCGCGUAAAAUGGUUCACACGCCACCCACUCCGGUACGCGGAGUACAAAGACGGCUGGAUUCUGCGCGAUAAUACAGGUCUCAAGGGGUCCGCGGCGGACUUUGCGCGUACCCAGCUUGAAGAUUCGGAACUGCCUACUUCUGAAGCUGGGAAGGUUAUCGAGAAGGUUGACACUGCCGGCGGUGAGAAGAGGGAGAAAGAGCUUUACGCGGAGCAUUUGCCCGGUUGUCAGUACAUCGUUCAGGCGGUCGGAUUCACGCGGGACCCCGUGCCGAAACUGAGUCAAGAGGGCGAGAGUCUGGGGAUGGAGUUUGAUCAUGAAACUGGACGGAUGUGUAAGCCUCAGGCUGGACCGCCUAUCCCUGGCCUUUUUGGGGCGGGCAUUGCGUUUCCGGAAAGAGUUGUUGAUCCGUACGGGAAUGUGGAAUAUGCCGUUGGGUUUUUUAAGUUUAUGAAUUUUUUGAGGAGGGUUGUGCCUGGUUGGUAA